UCAUUCCGUAUGCCCAUAGCAGGGCUGCAGCUGUCUGAGAGCAACAAUAACAAGCUCUACCCACAACUACUUUACGCAGCGUUAACGGGACCUGACAGCGCCAGAUUCCAUCGAAUUUUCACAAAAUGCGGUCGUCGAAAUAAGUCCGGCCUCCGUUUGUUCGUCGUCCAGGUUGAAAACCGGGUUAUCGUCGCGGAACAAACACGGAGACUCAGCCGCAGGGGGAACAGGGCAGUUCGGGGCUGCAUCUGGGUCAGUGGGCCUGUCGGCGGCUGCUACGCUGGUUUUGCUUUCCCCGCAGUGUCCCGUUGCGCCUGUCAUUGUUUUAUUUCGACACGGUGUCACCUCCAUAAACCGUAUUAACAUGCAGGCUAACGGGGCAGGCCAGGAACGAGAUUCAGAACUGUCCUGUCGUAACGGUGCGCAGAACGGCGAGUCGUCCUCCACCGGUGCAGCUCACUCCAACGGACUUCUGUCAGUCACCAACAAUGGAAACACUGUCAUCAACAACAACAACAACGGUGUGUCUGCCCAGCCCGCGUCCAACAACACCAACAGCACGUCGGAUGCCAACUCGGUCGUCAAAAAGAAGAAGCGGCUGUCUCAGUCUGAAGAGGACGUCAUCCGGCUGAUAGGACAACAUUUACACGAUUUAGGUCUCAAUCAGACGGUGGACCUCCUGAUGCAAGAGUCUGGCUGCAGACUGGAGCACCCCUCUGCCACCAAGUUCCGCAAUCAUGUCAUGGAAGGAGAGUGGGACAAGGCUGAGAGUGAUUUGAAUGAGCUGAAGGCACUGAUGCAUUCUCCAAGUGCUAUAGUGCGAAUGAAGUUCCUGCUGCUGCAGCAGAAAUAUCUGGAGUAUCUGGAGGAUGGGAAGGUUUUGGAGGCCCUGCAAGUCCUCAGAGCUGAGCUCACUCCUCUCAAGUACAACACGGAACGUAUCCACAUCUUAAGCGGGUACCUGAUGUGCAGUCAUGCAGAGGACCUGCGAACCAAAGCAGAGUGGGAAGGCAAAGGCACGGCAUCCCGUACAAAGCUGCUGGACAAGCUCCAGACAUACUUGCCUCCAUCAGUGAUGCUGCCUCCUCGCCGCCUGCAGACUCUGCUGAAGCAGGCAGUGGAGCUGCAGAGGGAGCGCUGCCUCUACCACAACACUAAGCUGGAUAGUGGACUGGACUCUGUGUCCCUGCUGCUGGACCAUGCUUGCAGCCGGAAACAGUUCCCUUGCUACACGCAGCAGAUUCUCACCGAACACUGCAAUGAAGUCUGGUUCUGCAAGUUCUCCAAUGAUGGCACAAAACUGGCAACCGGGUCAAAAGACACCACAGUCAUUGUGUGGCACGUCGAUAUGGAAACUCAGCAGAUGAAGUUAAUGAAGACUCUGGAGGGUCAUGCCUAUGGUGUUUCAUACCUGGCAUGGAGCCCUGAUGAUGCCUAUCUGAUAGCCUGUGGUCCUGAUGACUGCUCUGAGCUUUGGCUUUGGAAUGUACAGACAGGGGAGUUGCGAACAAAGAUGAGUCAGUCUCAUGAGGACAGCUUGACUAGCGUCGCCUGGAAUCCAGAUGGCAAGCGCUUUGUCACCGGAGGCCAGAGAGGCCAGUUCUACCAGUGUGACUUGGAUGGAAAUCUGCUGGACUCAUGGGAAGGAGUUCGGGUCCAGUGCCUGUGGUGUCUGAGUGACGGCAGGACCGUCCUCGCAUCAGACACUCACCAACGCAUCCGUGGAUACAACUUUGAAGACCUGACAGAUAGAAACAUAGUGCAGGAGGACCAUCCCAUCAUGUCAUUCACUGUUUCCAGAAACGGAAGAUUAGCUCUGCUCAAUGUUGCUACUCAGGGAGUGCACCUAUGGGACUUGCAGGACCGGGUGCUGGUGAGGAAAUACCAAGGGGUGACCCAGGGCUUCUACACCAUCCAUUCCUGUUUCGGAGGGCACAAUGAGGACUUCAUCGCUAGUGGCAGUGAAGACCACAAAGUUUACAUCUGGCACCGGCGCAGUGAGCUGCCCAUUGCAGAGUUGACUGGUCACACCCGCACAGUCAACUGUGUGAGCUGGAACCCUGUCCUACCUGGAUUGCUGGCCAGUGCCUCUGACGACGGGACCGUCCGAAUUUGGGGACCCGCCCCCUUUCUGGAUGUCCAGGAUGCAGAAGGGCUGAAUGAAUGUUGCAGCAUGGACAGCUGAUGAUCUGCCGCUGAGAACCUGAGGAUCAUUAAGACCCUGUAGACACUUGAAUGGAUAAAGCCAGGAAAGCUUUGAUUGGACAUGUGACUGGACAGCUACGUCCUGGAGGCGGGGCCAGCGGUGCUGUGUGUCAGGAUGCCACAACAUGGAGACGUCAGACUUGGCCACAUUAUUGAGAGCAGAGUCGGCAAGUGAUGUUGGGCUCCACGACCUCCAGUGUCUGAACCACCACCUCCUCCUGCCUGGACCCGUUCCUUCAGCACCAUUCAGGACCACCCACUUCCUCUUAUUUAUUAAUAACUACAUUAUUUAUUCAUGAGUAGUUCACUGACUUGUGCUAGGCUGUGACGUAGCAGUGUCUGUGGAGGGUGUUUGUCCUUAGUUUUCUUCAGUCCAGUUUCUGAGCUGCUCACAUGAAGGCUUAAACUUUUGUCCUCUCUCACCUCCUGAACCUUUGAAGAAUUUUACCUACAGAACAUUUGAUGGAUGUAACACCCACUUGAGCAGUAUCUUUUAAAUGCAAAAUUCUGUGUUGUGUUUUUUUUGUUUUUGUUUUUUUUUUUAUACAGAAUAUUUUUUUCCUCCAGCUUUCCUGCUUAUAGCCAGAGAAAGUAUAGUGUUUGAUAAGCAUGUCACCUAGGAUUGCACAGGACAAUGUAUAUGAUGGAUUAAGUGGUGUGUUUUACACUUGCUGUAUGUCCUGCUGUUUCUAUUUGAGUACACUGAGUUGUUGGCUGUCUUAAGCAGCUGAUGUGUGGAAACCUAUUGAGAUCAAAACAUGAUCUGCCACCUUUACCUCUGCAUAUGGAUUAUCUGAUGUAGAUAUGUAGGUGUAAUUUCCUUCAUGCCAUCAGUGUGAAGUUCCUCUUUCUUUGCUCUGCUUUCACUCUGUUUCCACUGCAGCCUGUUGCCAUCUUUGUCUGCACAUAAACAGCAGUCUUCAUA